AUGUGCUCCUGCGACUUCUUUCUCGGCAUGCUAGCACUGCUGUUUCCCCCACUUCCUGUGUGGGUCAAGCGCGGCAUCUGCUCGGCCGACUCCAUCAUCAACAUCCUCCUCUGCCUGCUCGGAUACGUGAGUCUCUCUCUCUCUCUCUCUCCCUGUUCGGCCCGCGUGUUCUGGCUACUAACUCGGCAUAGCUCCCGGGCCUGGUUCAUGCUUGAUGCAGAAGGCUCUAUCCAAAACCGUCGCUUCACCUACAUCGUCGUCCAGCCUUCCGGCGGCCGCCCGCAGCCACAACCACAGACGGCUGCGCCCGAGAUCCAGAGCAACAUGAACUACGGAACGACAGCCCCGGCUGCUGCCUCUUCCUCCUCCGCACAACAGCCCAGAAACGAUGCCGGCGAGGGUGGCAGCAACGGGCCGCCGCCGAGCUACGCUCAAGCUGUAUCGAGCGACAACAAGAUCCAGAACCACGACUAA